UGUGUGUGUGUGGUUUUUUCUACUACCACCCUAUGGGCGGGGUCUGGCUUUCUUCCCCGCUGGCUCCUGUAGAGCAGAGCAAUGCAAAGUAUCUCCUCUACGCGAGGGCUUGAGUUGUGAGUGCACAUGUCUGGCUCCGGCACACACCAGAUUUCCUCCUGACUGUCUGGAUGGUUGUUAGCAAAUGCUUUACAAUUCCUAGUCAAGAAUGGACAUCGCUGGCUUUCUGAAAUCUCAGUUCCUUUGCCACCUUUUUAUCAGCUAUGUAUUUAUUGGAACUGGACUUAUAGUAAAUCUUAUUCAGCUUUGCACUCUUAUCAUUUGGCCUUUUAACAAGCAGCUCUACAGGAAGAUAAACUGCAGGCUGGCAUACUGCAUAUCAAGCCAGCUGGUGAUGUUAUUAGAGUGGUGGUCAGAUACUGAUUGUACACUCUAUACUGAUCCUGAAAACUACACCAAAUAUGGCAAAGAAAAUGCAAUAGUAGUCCUCAAUCACAACUUUGAAAUUGACUUUCUCUGUGGUUGGAAUUUUUGUGAGAGAUUUGGUGUUUUAGGGAGUUCAAAGGUGCUGGCAAAGAAAGAACUUUCCUAUGUACCUGUUAUUGGUUGGAUGUGGUACUUCCUAGAAAUUGUGUUCUGCAAAAGGAAAUGGGAAGAAGACAGGGAAAACGUUAUACAAGGUUUACAUAAUCUUUGUGAUUACCCAGAACAUUUUUGGUUUCUGAUCCAUUGUGAGGGCACACGUUUUACAGAAAAGAAACAUGAAAUCAGCAUGCUAGUAGCAGAAGCUAAAGGUCUCCCAAAACUAAAGCACCAUCUGCUACCAAGGACUAAAGGAUUUGCCGUCACCGUGCAGAGUUUGAGAAAUGUAGUUUCGGCUGUAUAUGACUCAACCCUCAAUUUCAGGAACAAUGAAAACCCUACCUUGGUUGGAGUUCUAAAUGGGAAGAAAUACCAUGCAGACCUGUGUGUCAGGAGAAUCCCACUAGAAGAAAUCCCAGAAGAUGAGAAGGAAUGUGCCAGCUGGCUACACAAGCUUUAUCAGGAAAAAGAUGCUUUUCAGGAGGAGUACUACAAGACCGGUAUUUACCCAGGGACUGCAAUUGUGCCAGCAAGGAGACCAUGGAGCCUUAUAAACUGGAUAAUUUGGGCCUCUUUACUUUCAUACCCCUUAUUUAAAGUGCUUGCAAACAUGAUCAGCAGUGGAUCGUACUUGACAAUUUCCGUCUUUGCAUUGUUAAUGGUUAUAGUGUCUGUAGGUGUCCGGAGAAUGAUCAAAGUCACUGAAAUCGACAGAGGCUCAGCUUAUGGCAACCGUGAAAACAAACUGAAGCAGAAAUAGCAGCACAGAGUUUUCUUCUACUGCAAAGGGAAAUCCUUCUCAACACUGGCUUAAACCCUCCAGAUUGGAAGUGCAUAUCACAGUCAAGCGAAUGUGCCAAAUUUUAUAUUCUAUCAUCUUGUGGAAGCAAGAAUUUUAGACAGUUUUUUUUGUUUCUUUAUUUUUUAUUAUGACCUUUCCUGUUUCGUGAAUGCUGACGUCUUUAACACUGGAAUACAUUUCCACUGCCUAUGUCUGUGGUAUUUGCCUUGGUCCAAAAUAAACCAUUACUCAACAUUCUAA